AUGGCUAGGGCUCGUGUUGAUCGCGUGGCUUUUCUGGUUCAACAAGAAAGUCGAAAGAGAGACUCGAAGCAUAGUGCUUCAAUUCAAGAAUCGUUGUUUACUCAAUACGUGAUUGAGACUCUUUCGGGACCUCCUCGAGUUGAGAUUCAUAUAGAAGAUGAGAAAGUAGCGAACGAUGUAAAGACCUUACAGAUGGCUGGAGCUAAGUUAUCUCCUCUUGGUCCAAUGGCGGUUUCUCCUUCGCCAAAAGUAACCGUUGGAGGUGGAAGGUUGCAGAAGAGUCCGACCAGAACCGGGAAAGUCCAGUGCUUUUGCGGUCUGGUUCCAAGAAAGACGGAGAGAACGAAGGAAUAA